AUGACCGACUUGCUGCACGUGCUGCCUGACCUGGAGACGAGGCCCUUUUCGCACCUGCUGCCCUCGCUCGACAAGGCCCUCGUCACCACAAACGACCUGCUCACCCUCGACGUCCACCAUGUCGCCAAGCGUGCCCAACUGCCCGCCGGCGAGCUGAGGAAACUCGUCGACGCCGUGGUGCCUGCCCUGCACCACCAGCUCGGCCUCGGUUUCGGUGCCGACGAGCCUUCCACGUCUGCUUUCUCGGCCGCAUUGGGCGACCCUCCAGCACCCUGGCGCUGCAUAAGCACCCUGGACGACCAGCUCGACGCUGCCUUGGGUGGCGGUAUACCGCCUGGCUACCUGCUCGAGGUCACUGGUGAGAGCGGCGCUGGCAAAACACAACUACUGCUCACCCUCCUGCUUGCUGUGCAGCUGCCGCCACCGCUCGGCCUGGCCAAGACCGCCGUCUACAUCUCCACCGAAGCCGCCCUCUCCACCACGCGUCUCGCCCAGCUGCUGUCCUCGCACCCAGCUCUCGACAGAGUCUCUCCGCAUGAGCGACCCUCACUGGCCAAGGUCCUGGCCAUCCAGACCCCCGACCUCGAAUCCCAGGAGCAUAUUCUCCGCUACCAGCUGCCCGUCGCCAUCAAGAAGCACAACGUGGGUCUGGUCAUCCUGGACUCGGUCGCCGCCAACUAUCGCGCCGAGUUCGAGAAGAAAGGAGCAAGCAAUGGCGCCGCCUCCAUGGCCAAACGGGGGACGCAGCUCGUGCAACUGGGCGCGCUUCUUCGACACCUAGCCCACACAGAGGGUAUCGCAAUCGUCGUCGCCAACCAGGUCGCCGAUCGUUUCACCAAGCCGCCCUCUGCGCCCCCCUCCAACGCCGUUUCGCGCAAUCCGUCUGCCAACAGCCAGGGCACUCGCGACAACACACCCCAGCCCUCCAACCCAGCUCUCGCCCUGCCAGCCUCGCAGUCUGAUGAACUCGUCUUGUUGUCGCCAGACCCACUAGCCCUCGACCACCAACAACGCUGGUUUACCGGCUGGGGCGACUUACCGCACACUGCCCCUCACACCUUGAAGACGCCAUCUCUUGGCCUCGUCUGGACGAACCAGCUGGCGUGCCGCAUCGCCUUGAUCAAGCAGCCCGUGUUCGCCAAUAGAGGACCGCUUGUUGUCGCACUAAACGGUGAGGAUCAGUGGAACGAGCCUGAGGAAACGCACAUCUCCAAGUGGAGGAGGUGGGUGAAGGUUGUAUUUGCGCCGUGGGCCCCGCCUAGCGAAGGUAGGGGGUUGGAAUUUGAGAUUACGACAAGUGGGAUCAGGUCCGUUGUCAACGAGGUCAAGAAAUAA